UGAUAAAGACAAUGAAGAAGUCUAAAGUAAAGGACAUCUUUUGGCUAGAUAUGGGGUCUAUGGCAGUUGAAAUCAAGGCAAUAGACCAAUGGAACUAUAGAUUUUUAGGGCUUAGUGAAUCAGGGAAAGGAUAUUAUGAAUUUCCACAGGUUCUGUCACUAUUAUCCUCAGUUCUCAAGAGGACCAUUCAAAAGAAUAAGAGUUCGUUGGAUUCUACGAUGAGGAAAACUAAUGACACCAUUGACCAUGGUCUCAGAGCACCGGAUCAUAGUAUACAAAGUUACGCUGAGCGCAUAUUCAAGUACUCAAAGUGUAGCCAUUCAUGCUUUAUCCUUGCACAUGUAUACAUUGACAGAUACCUUGAGCAGCCAGGAGUCCAUCUUUCUUGCCUCAAUGUUCAUCAGUUACUAAUGACAAGUGUGGUCAUUGCAACAAAAUUCAUUGAUGAUGUGUGGUAAAGAAGGGAGAACAAGUGGUUGCUUAGUAGAGCCUUCUCGUCACCAUGCAUCGGGACAAGUCGAAAAUGCAGACAUCUUACUAAAAAAACUCGGGUAGCAAAUGAUUCAAGAGA